AUGGCAUUGCCGUCCAAGAUUCUCAUUGUCGGAGGCGGUGUCUUCGGAUUAUCUACCGCUCUGUCCCUGUCAAAGCGACACCCAGAAUCUGAAGUAACAGUCGUAGAAUCCUCACCUACAAUCCCCAACCCGCACGGUUCAUCCGUCGACACAUCCCGAAUCGUGCGGGCGGAUUAUGCAAACACAGCAUACUCCAAGCUCGCCGCAGCAGCCAUCGACCGCUGGCGCAGCACAGACUGGGGCCGCAACGGCCGCUACACGCAGAACGGCCUGCUACUCGUGUACCCCGCAGACAGCGCCAGCGCCAAGGAGUACGCGCGCAAGAGCUACAUCAACGUGCGCCAGAUCGAGGGCGACAACGUCACCUUCCUGCCGACCCAAGCCGACGUGCUCAAGGUCGUCCCGGCCUAUGGCGACACACUCGACGUUGCCGGCGGCUACGUGAACUGGGGCUCUGGAUGGUCGGAUGCCGCAGCGAGCGUGCGCUAUGCGAAGGAGCUCCUCGACGCAGAGGGGAAGGUGAUCUUCCGCACGGGUGAUGUGGAGCGUGUGCUCUAUGCGUCCGACACGGGCGCGAAGCCUAAAGCUACUGGCGUUGCGCUUGCAGAUGGCUCAGUCCUGACGGCGGAUUUGGUCGUGUUGGCGACUGGUGCGUGGACGUCGAAGUUGGUCGAUUUGCGGGGGAGGGCUGUUGCGACGGGCCAGGCAAUUGCGUAUAUGCGGAUCUCGGAUGAGGAGCAGCGCGAGUUGGAGAAUCUACCGACGAUAUUGAACUUCGCGACGGGGAUCUUUAUCAUUCCGCCGCGGAAUAAUCUGCUCAAAAUUGCGCGGCAUGCGUAUGGGUAUCGCAAUCCGGUUACGGUGCCGGUUCCUGGUGUUGAGGGACGGGCUGCUGGCUCGAUGGUGGUUAGUUUGCCGGAGAAGGGGGUUCCUGUGCCGCUUGAGGGACAGGAUGCGUUCCGGGUUGCGUUGAGACAGCUUUUGCCGCGGUUUGCAGACAGGGAGUUUGUGGAUACGAGGGUUUGUUGGUAUACUGAUACACCUAAGGGUGACUUCAUUGUUUCCUACCAUCCUGAUCAUGAGGGUCUUUUCCUUGCUACGGGUGGCAGUGGCCAUGGGUUCAAGUUCUUCCCUGUUAUCGGAGACAAGAUUGUCGACGCGUUGGAGGGAACGCUUGACUCUGAGUUGAGUAGGAUGUGGGCAUGGCCUGAGACUGCUGUGUCGGAUGAAGAGGACUUCGCUGGCGAUGGUAGUCGAUCUGGGGAGAGGAACUCGAUUUUGAAAGACGAGUUGGCGAAGACGAGGAAGGCUUUGCGAAGCAGUGUACUAUAG